UCUAUUUCCACGGCACUAAUUGCAGCUAACAAGAACUCUCUAUUUCGGUGGAAUUAAACUCCAAUAACCAAGCAGUGGUUCCAACACUUUUGAGCCGGUACACAUGCCGCGAGAGAGGAAUGGUUUGUGGUAAACAGAAGAAAUUCAAGAGUUUAGGAAAUGACAGAGAGUGCGUCGAACACGUCUUAUGUGAAGCCUUUUCUGCAUGAGCAGGGAUGGAAGUACGACGCGUUCUUAUGUCAUACGGGUAAAGACAAACACUUCGUACGUUGUGUAUACAAUGAGAUGCUGAGACGUCAAAUAGUCGCUUUCUUCGAUGUUGAAAGUUUGACAGGGGGAGAAAGAAUACAAGUAACUAUUGCUGACGCCAUUCAGAUGUCUCCUUUCUUUGUCGUUGUGCUGAGCCAUUAUUUCAAAGACCAACGUUAUCCUGAAGCGGAAGCAGAAGCAGCACUCGCAUUUGAUGAAGCGAACAUAAAGAUUUUACCAGUUUUCUAUGGCAUGACAGCUGAUGAGUGUUGUGAUUCUAAAAACAGGAUAUGUAAUCAAAUGUCUUCUUAUACGGGUAUCGAGAGAAAAAUGACAACUGACGAAAAUUUCGCUAUAGAAGUUGCAAAGUUUGUUGAACGCAAAGUUCAGGAACAAUGGCGUGAGGGGAAGCUAAAAGUCUGUAGACUUUGUGAUUUUUGUGGGAACUACAUUUACAAGACAGAUCUUGGUCCUUUAAAAGAAUUGAAAGACAAACAUCUUCAACGCAAGCAGAAGUAUACUUGGGUUUAUUGGAUAAUUUCGCUUUUGUCACUAUUGUUCCUUGCUACUGUUUUCUGCGUUUUCCGUCAAAGUUCAGUAAAGCUUAGUCAAACAGGAAACAUUGGCGAAGUUGCCAUCUUUCCUUCAAAAUAUGAAAAACACCAUUUUCCAAUCUUCGUUGGACGAGAAAUUGAGCUCAAGAAUAUAACGAAUGCUUUCUGGAAAGCUGGAAAGAGAGUUGAUCUUCAACAGAUGUAUAUUAUUGGCAUGGGUGGAUGCGGCAAGACGUCUCUGGCAGCAGCAUAUGCAAGAGAAUGUCGACAUUUAUACGGCGGCGGAGUGUUUGUGUUCAAUGCUCAGUCUUACUCGUCGUUUCAACACUCUCUUAGAAAUCACUUGAAUGAUCUUGCCGUACAUACUCAAUCAGAUGUGGACAUCUCUUCAAGCUUUACACAAUUUAUAUUACUUCUUGCUAAACGUGGCAGCGUUUUGUUGGUGUACGAUGGUGCCGACAAUUUGGACGUUAUUGAUGAUUAUAUGCCCAAUUUGAGAACAAAAUGUCAUAUUCUCGUAACUACUAGAAUGUCAAAGCACGAGCUAUUGCAGCCUGGUAAUUAUAUUUUACUCAAGCCUUUGAACCAGAGUCUGGCUUUGACAGUAUUACUCUAUUACUCUGGUUACGGAGACUCUAGUAAACUACCAGAGAGUGAAUUAGAAAGUGCUUGGCGAAUAGCUAACGACCCACCCGUCGAAUCUCUUCCUUUAGCACUUAAGCAUGUAGGGAGGUAUUUGGAAAAAACGGGGAUGAAUUUUUCUACUUACUUACAUCGUCUGCAGAUUCGCUUGGAGAAAAUGAAAAUGUUGAUGAACUCCAACUUGGAAGAAUUGCUGCGGUACUGGCGGAUGAUGCACGUGAAAGAAGUUUUGAAGGCUGAAAAUAUCAACAAUGUUGGAGCAUUUAAGACUAAAGAUCUUCAAUCGUUGGUUAAUAAAAUUGACUCUGACGAUAUUAAGAUGCUGACGUUGAUGCAGCAACGUCUGCUUUCCAAUUCCCACGCCUCUAUUCCUUGGGAGAUGAACAUUGAAGACGUGUUAUUGUCUGGUGACUCUGAUGCUAUGAACGUGUUGAUAACGGUAUCUCUUCUUCAUUCUACUAACAUUUCUUUAGAUCUGCUGAGAGAGGUUACCAUUCCAAUGUCAAAUGAUGAAAUUGGACACAACAAUCGCAUCACUGCUGCCGUCAAUCACUUGUCCGAAUGUACUCUUGUUGAGGUAAACAAGGAAUCGAACACUUGUUCAAUGCACAAUCUUGUUCAACAGGCUGUCGUAGAGUACGCAAUGAGAAACAAAACGUACAUUUCACGGUUGCAGUUUUUGUGCUCUUACUUUACCAUUAUUUUUUCGCAUACCGAGAAAGCAAGAAGUCAUUUGCGCGAGUUUUACACUUUAUCUCUUCACGUUUACAGUGUGGCAGAAGCUGUUCUAGAAAGCGAUCUCUUGUUGGGUCAAACUUGUAGGCAAUUAGUUAGGAUCGCUUGUUGGUUGGCUAUGUAUUAUGAACAUUUACAAACAGCAGAAUUCUUGACAAAAAGAAGACUGGAAGUUGUGGAAACCAUGUCAAGUAAUGAACUGCAGUUUCAACACUCUCGACUAUUGAAUGAAUGUCUUAUAGACUUGGGUUACGUUUACGAAAUGUUGGAUAAACCCAAGAUAGCGCUUACGUAUUUGACGCGGUCUCUGGAGUCUAUGGAAAACAGUAAAGGAAAAGUUUUAUUUAGUGAUCUAAUAAGAGAGGCUCGACACAACGUGGCAAACUGUCGACGCUUGUUGGCUCAGUUUUCUCUUGCUGAAGAGGUUCUUCUUCCUCAACUCGAAUUUGAUAAAACUCAGAGAGACAAAACAAAUACGGCGCGAUUUAUAUUUUUAGCUCUCAAUGAUUUGGGCUUGGUAUAUGAAAACUGGGGAAAAUUGGUCAGAGCAAUUGAAAUGUUUGAAAAGUCGCUGAAUCUGAAAAAAGAGCUGAACGGAAGUCUUUCGUUGGACUAUACCACAAGUAUUGCGCUUACAAAUCUUGCUGGCUGCUAUUUGUCAAUCGGACGGUUAGCAGAAGCUCGGGAUUUGUACGAAAAGGCUAUGAAGAUUAGGCAAAACGUGCUGCCGUCGCCACAUCCGCGGUUGGCAUUAGCAAUGAGACGACUAGCAUACUGCUACUGCAUGCAAGGCGAUGUGUUAAAUGGUACAAAGUUGGCUCAAGCCGCCCUAGACAUGAUUAUCUUAUUUUUUCCGCGCAGCCAUCCUCGCGUUGGUUGGUAUUUUGCCACAAUCGCUUAUUGCUGCUUCAUCUCAAAUAACAGCACUUUUUCUAUCGAGUUUUAUGUGAAAGCUAUGGAAUUGUUUCAAGGAAACGACAUUUUCGAGACACAUUCACUUCUUUCUGCUAGGAAGGGACUUGCUCUUGCUCUCAGUAGUGUUGGAAAGAAAGACGAGGCCAUGGAAAUAUUGAGAGAAUCUCUAACUCUCUUGAAGAAGGAAUUGCCAGAGGGUUAUCCAGUUAUUGUUCACACUACAGUCGACCUCGCCGGUUGUCUGGCCGAGACAGGAGACUACGAAAAUGCCACCCAUCUUCUCACGAAGUCUUUGCUCGUACUGCGUGACAACGAGCCAACAAGCGAAUACACUGCAAAAGCUUUAUAUUGGCUGGCGUACAGUCAGAAUAAAUUGAAACGACCGGAAGAAGCAGCAGUGAGUAUCACUGAAUGUUUGCGACUGCGCAGAAAGAUCUUUUCUUCUGGACACGUCACUAUCACUGAAACUAUAACGUUAUUGGAUGAAAUUUUCAAGAUCAAGCAAGGUGUGUGGUGUUGUCCAUUUCUGGACUUUCUUAUUUUGUACUGUGCGUGGUUCACGAUAGUUCACGUGAUGAAGAGAUUGAUCUUUAGUGUUUGUUAGUCGUUACGUAGAUCUGCCCUAGAUGGUUAACGUUCUCUCCUCUUUGGUAUUGAUAUUUGGUAUUGAUAUUUGGUCUG